CCUUUUGAUUGGAUGAUAUACACGCCGAAACUAACUUCUCGUUAUCAAACUGUGCCACGAUUUAGAAAAACUACGCGUCUGACAAGCACAACAAGACCAACGACAUCUGUGUACAGAAACAGAUACCGACACCGGUAUAGACAAAAAUAUACCAGCAAAAUGUAUACAAAGACGACUGUUCCAAUUCUGCACACAACAAGACCUACGACAACUGUGUACGUAACCAAACACCGAUACAGAUCUAGACAAAGAUAUAGACAAGGAUACAGACAGAGACAUAGGAGCAAAACUUUCACAAAGGUGACUACAAUUCGACAAACGACAAUAUCGUCAACACACUCUACGUAUUCCGACAUAAAGAAGACACUAAUUACUGACUAUAUACUAGGAUUUGGAAUACCAUUGGCAGUCGUCAUAGCGUGUUUUGCAACUGUAGUUUUGAAAAAAAAGUGUAACGAUAUGACCAGAGUUAAGAAGAAAACUUAUGCAGGCAUGGUAUUACAGACAUCAUCAGCACCACCAGUGACAAAUGAAAUACCAGAAUAUGAUAAUGCAUGUGUGUGUUUGCACAAAUUUGAUACAGUACCAUAUAGGCAACGAGCUGGUCAACCCAAUGAAACGGAUACCAAUGACAUUGUUGAUCGUUAUGCAGCAAUUUGUCAAGAUGGUUAUGCGACAAAAACAGCAUUAUUUAGCAGUGCAGAAAAUGUUAACGAAACAUCAGAACCUCCAGAAAAUUUAUCAACUGUGGAUCUGCCUACAUACGAGGAAGCACGAUUUUUAAGUAAUUGCCUAUAUGAAACAUCGUUGUAAUAAUUUCAUGUCAAGUGUAUAUAUAUCAAAAGUAAAUUUCCGAAACUUG